AUGAAGCUGUUUUCAAGAAUUCUUUGGCUUUCAGCUAUAGUUUCCGCGCGUGGACUGAUUAAUAUCUUUGACAUUGACGAAAGCCAACGAAACGUCCCCGCAAAACCUGUUGUUCCGAUACACUUAGCGUCACAUGACCACUCAAAACUCAUGGCUCAUCUGAAAGAAAAUGCUAGUUUCAAAAAAAAAAUGACGAGUUUCACGAAUCGACUCUCAGGCGACCUGAAUCAAUUGAGAGAAAUCGACGAUCCGGACACUCGAGAAAAAGUGGCCAAAUUGACGAAUUUUUUAACUCAUUUUCAGCAGUUCCUGUGA